UUCACGGAAGCUGGUAACACCAGAAGCUGGCUCUUGCGUCCUGUGACAGAGAGCAAUUUGCAGUUAUUUGGGCUGAUUUCUGUGUGGAUUUCAAGCAAAACACAUGAUUCUCAUCCGCUUUCUGUGAGAUGUUUGAAGUCCUUGGCUAACAAUAUCAUCAAGGACCAACACUUUGCAACUCGAGAUUUCCUCGAAGCAGAGGUGCUCUUCAUGCAGGUGUUGAACUUUGAGAUUGGCACAACAAAUAUUGCAUUUUUGUUCCUUGAAGAGCUGUGGGUGCAGAUCAAGAGAGUGGCUAAAGUCGGUGAUCUCAUCAACUUCGAAGCAUGUAUGGAAAUUAUGGAUCUGCUCUAUGAAAAGAAAGAGACAUCAUUUCUUUACAAGUCUCCUUGCUCUCUCGCGGCAUCAAUCUUGGUUGCAUCUUGUUUGAUCACAGUCCCAAAACAGAAGUGGGAGUUUCCACUUCUUCCAUGGGCGAAGUUUGUAACUUCGUAUACAGAAGAGGAGAUCAUAAAAAUUGUGAGGGACAUUCUCAAGCAUGUACUCGAUCCUUCCUCUGACCUACAAGGAUUUACAUUGUAGAUGUAAGCAACUAGAAUAAUUAGCCCACCCGA